UCAUCAUCGCAUCGGCGACCACGGUCGGUCGCAAGUCAAGCAGCGUGUAUCUCUGAACUCCGCCAACAAUCCCCACACAUUCAAGUCGAUCUAGACGGCUUACCGCAACAUCUACUCUGCUACUUACCAUUCGAUUCUCGUGUUCGCGACAGCUCCAAAGACCAGCGCAAGACCGGUUCAACUCAGACUCAAUCCAUCUUCCGAGGCGCAUCAGACCUAUCUAUGGAUUUAUUCAGAUACGUAGAUGAAGGCAAUUAAGACGCAUACACGCCACAACUAGCUAAGGUUUCGCUCACCUGGUCGAGUGCGUCAAGCGAGCUCAUCGCUGCCAAACAAUCCCGCGAUCGAUCUAUCAAUCAAUCAAGCAAGCAAGCAGGAAAUGUCCGAACGCCGACUUCAACUCUCCCCAAAGUUGGGUGGUGGUUUCAGACUGGCACCUGUGGCAUCCAUGCCCGCGCCCACCAGAAAGGACAAGAGCAGCAGCGGGAGCAGCGGCACAGCGGGUACCACCGACUCUGCAUCUUAUCGCACACCCUUCACAUCCACAUCUCCCACCACCUGCGCGCCUCCCAUGCACGCUCCCAUCCCCUCGGCCGACCAACUCCUUUCCGCCCAAGACACUACUACGUCUCCUGUCGGACCUCAUUUGACCAGCACGACAUCGGAGACGGACCAGGACAAGCUAUCACAAGCUGACUCGGAUCAUGCCGCAUUUCCAGGAGCGUGGAGCAUGAACCCUUCGACCGAGACCAAUUUGCCCAUCACUCCUCGACGGGUGGGCAGCUUGCCAAGCUCCGAUUUGGACCCAGUAGCAGAGCCCAUCCGUCUUGACUCGGCCGCAUCUCCUGAGCCCCAUACCUCAAUGAUGCAGUCAGCACCGAAAGCCACUCGAGGAGCAAAGCCUGAUCGGCUCGAGGGUCUGUCCGCCGCAGGCUCCGACACGUUGACGAGCCGAGCAGAGGGUGAUAUGGAGUACGACGACGCGCUUGGAAGCAGCUUGACGGCCAUCGUUGGUGCUUAUGGUGGCUUUGGGACAGCUUUGGACACUGGGAAUCAGGCGCUCUCGUCGGCUGAGAAAUCUCACUCCGCCAGAGUCAGACAGGAAUCUGCUCCUGCUGGUGCGACUACAUACCGCUUUUCGCCCGGAGACGAUGCUGCAGAUGGGUCUAGCAUUGGCGGGAACGUUAGUGGAGCAAGAAGCCAAAGUCGGUACAGCACUGGUGUGCUACUCAGCUCUGUGACUCCAUCUUCGGGUAGCAGCCAUGGCCAAAUACUCAAUGCAAGCGCUUCGCAAACCACACCCGCCUCCGCUCCAGCACACGUGUCGAGGGGUAGAGAUCCGGAACAAAUCGAUCUGAGCCUGGACCGAUCUACCUUUGCGUCUGCCACGCCAUUCGCCAGCGCUCAACUUUCUGCUGCUACAGACGAGGGCAACGAGAAUUUCCAAGUGGCACCGGAACAACCUGCAGUUCCUGCUCGUGCUAGUAGUACUCACGACAAGCGUCGUUCGCGCCUUCCCGAAGAUGUCCCGACAUCGGCUUUGCCAAUGCCAGACGAAAGUCGACCAGACGCUUUGACGACACCGAUCUUGGGCUUGGAAAGCAGCAAGAGCAGUUUGAGCGAUUAUGGGUCCGGUGCCGAGGGAGAGUACGAGCUGGACGCGGCCGGACAGUCAAAGAGGAUGAGCAUGCUGCGAGCUGUGAACGCCCUCGAGGCUAUGUCUACGCCAGAAGGUGCUCAAGCCGGCGUGUCUGCGACUGCUCGGCAAAGACAGGCUUCGAUACCGACUGGCGCUGAUGAGAUCGACGCCUCGCGAAAGCGUCAGGUCAAUGCGAGUCCCACUCGACCGGCAGCACGCUCACCAAUUUCGAUCAAGAGCGCUGCAGCGUUCAGCAAGGGCCCAGAGAGCGCAACACCUCGAGCCAAGGUGGCUGGUGGUCUACCAGGGCCAGGGCAGGCGAGGUCAGAUGCCGCAGCGAAGGACGGACGCGAGGACGAUAGCCGGACCGACGAUGCAGAAAUGGAGGCCUCGAGAGCGGCGGAAGCCGAGGCGGAGGCGGACAAUGAUCCUUCUAGACCUCGCACUCUGAAAGAGGCCAGAGCCUUGGCGAAGGAGAGGGCUAGGCUCCGCAGGCUCGCUUCAGAAAGCGGUGCAGCAGCGGAGGGCAGCACUCUGGCCAAGGAGUCAGAUUCUGUCUCGCCCAGUGCUACUCAAGUUUCCCUUUUCCGAGGUCCAGCUGUGGUGUCUCCCCUCUCACACUCAAGCUCUGUAAGGCACAGCAUCGAUCGACCGCGACGAGAUCCUAAACGCACAAGCGAUGCCAGGGGUGCGGUAGUCAGUCCCUCCGAUUCGGGUCGGAUCGCUGCCACUUCACCCACUGGCUCUUUCCCUCAGGCCGACGUGCCUGCAUCUGAGCGUCCAGGGAGGUCGAGUUUCGCAAGCGAGCGGAGUGUCAGCGAAUACAGCACCAGCGACGCUGGAAUGGCGCACGAUGAUUCCAAGAUCAUUGAGAGCCCUGGCGGUGGUACAGGCGCGGAUGAGGAUGAAGCUACAAGAGACGCAACGCUGUGGCGAAGGCAUAGCCGACAGCUCGCGCAAGGAGUCGAAACGCGAGGUGCACAAGAGAUACCGGGGCAAAAGUCGAGCGGGUUGAACCCUGAGGAUGCAGCCGCGGCUGGUUCACUCGACUCCAGCUAUGAUGUCCUGUCGGACACGGGUGCUGACGUUCACGGCUCCUUGCCCAGCCACAGUCACGCUCACUCUCCUGAUGCCGAAGCUGUACAAACCCGACCAGGUCCAGGUCGCCCUUCCUUGAGCGCGUCCAACAGUGGCAGCAUCUUUGGUCAUGUUGACACCGACUCCAUGGGCAGCCACUCGUACCCGAGUGUGCAAACAAACACGCGACGCUUUGGACACGUCUCCCCCUCCAUGGGUGCAGCUGCUGAUGGCAAGCUGCCCCCUCUUCCCGGCGACGGCAACACCAGCACAGAUUCAUCUAGAGCACAGACCACCGACACCUUGAAGGACUUGCAGGAUGUUGUGACUGAGGCUUUGGAGGAUCUGAGCUUUGGAAGUAGUACGGCCACGAACGACACAGCCCAGCCGCGCGCCGCAACCAACAGAAGCAACAAUGAUCUCGGAUUGAUCACUCCGCGCGAAUCAGAUUUUCAACUUGCGGACAAAGCCGCCUUGUCAGCUGCUGACAGCGCGAAAGCGCCCCAUAGCGAAGGCGCCUGGGCUGCUGGUUCAAUGUCGAGCGGAGCGCAGGGCAUGGCAAGGGCGCAGAGCACCGCCUCGGACGCGCUUUCCGAAGAUCAAUCCAACGUCUCCUUCAGCUCAGCCGUGGAGAAUCCGGCUCAUGCCACAGCUCCGAUGCAUCCUUUAGCGCGCGCCAGCUCCUCCACAAGCCCCACUGCAGAUGAAAGUCUCCCCCGGACGUCAACUGUCACGUCUUUGACUUCGACAGCAACGUCUCGCGUGCCUGUUCCUGCCACUGUCAGGCGAGCUCAGACGCACAUUCAAGCAGCUCAGCGCGUAGCUGCCAACCCGGCGGCGAUCCGUCUGCCAGUGUACGGCAGGACGACCGCUUGGCCCGUCUCCUUCGACCCCUCGCCCAUCAUCGAGAAGCGCAAGCUGGCGCCUUGGGAACGAGCUCGAGCCUAUGCGCAGUACGCCAAUGAUUUGGCAAGCAUCGAUUCUGGACUCUACGUUUGGCUCUCAGUCGUGCAAAGACCUGCUCAAGCCCAAAAUCAAACGCAACAGAGAGGCAUAAAGCCUGGUUCUCAACAUAAGGGGCUCGGCUUCGCAACCACUCAGCCAGCUACAUCUUCCAAAUUGAGAGGGGACGGCCUUGCCAGCGGUCGGGCAUCGGGUCCAGGUCAUGCCCGUGAGACCACUGGAGACUCGGCUUACGCUGCCAGUAUCCGCAGCGAAGCGACGUUCCCGAUCCGAGGAGAUGGAGGUCGCGCCAAGGAGAUUGUGCAGGCGACUCCGAGCAUGGGGAACAUCCCAGAGAGCCCACCUGGCUCUGUCCCGUCCAACAUUCCUUAUCCCACCCUUCUACCCCAAUCAGGAACGCGUGCGGACCGAGAUACUUUCGAUGCGAAUCAACCCUUGCCCACUCCGAAUUCGUCUGGAAGCUUCUUCUCGAGCGCAAAUGCCGCUGGCUGGCCGGCUUUCAUUGAUCGUGUACGAGGUUCUUCCACCAGCACCGGUCCCGAUGAUCCUCCGUCUUCUACCAGAGUUGUCAAUAUGCGAGGCGACAAGGAGCGUGAGAGGACCCUCAGCUCUGCGGGAGCGGAUGCUCCAGCAUCGAAAGGGUCUUGGAGCCGUGGCGGAGGUGGUUCAACUAAUCCUUCCGGCACUACUGGGUCCAAUGUGCCGAGUGGGGGCAAAUUUUUCGGCGGCCUGAGCCGCAAAGGUUCUAGAAGAGGUGCUGGGCCAGCCUCUGGCUUGAGCGUCACGCCCAUGAACCCAAGCGCUACUGCACAGCCAUCGCCGCCGAGUACUGGUUCUUCCAGGGCCGGCGAUGCUACUCCAUCAUCCGCUGGUCCCCGUGGCCCUCGGGGUGUCGGACAAGGCCAGUCCUCCACACCCCGCUCGACUCUUAGUCUCGACGUGACAUCCGCGAAGGCCGACACUGGCAUCGCGCUCAUUCAAAGCCCGGCUGUAGCUGCCGAUUCGAGCCCACCACCGCCUCCCGGAGCUGUUGCUGCUGCCCAGAUCCAGGGCAAGCUUGGCGAGUCACUUCCCGACAUAGACACUCGGGGUGCUGCAUCGUCAAUCAGCAAUUCCAGAUCGCCAGCUAGCGCAAGAGGCGUCAUGGGUCCUCGUCCUCCCAUCUCGGCUGGCAGCGUCGGUGGCGACUCGUUCAAGACCGCCGCAAGCGGUUCGCCUGUAGCCACCUCUACUGCUCGACGGCCUUCCCAAGGUCAAGGGUCAGCACCGAACCGACAGAAUGUCUCUGGAUCGUCUGGCCUAGGGGGUGGAGAGAGCAAGGGUCUGUACUACGGCCUCAGCUCGACCGGUGGCAUUUACGGCGUGCCCAAGCGCCAAGAAGAGGCAAUUGGCCGCAGGGGCUCAGAUGCGCCGCCGUCGCCGACAGAGUUGCCAGCAGAAAAGUCGGCACCUUCGAGCCCAGGUAGAGCUCCAACAGGUCCCGUGAAGAGCUCAUUCUCGUACGGAUCCGUCAGAGAACGAAGCCCGAACAUUGGUCCUGGCAUGACCUCCAGCAAGCUUGCGCCGCCAGCUAGCAUUCCGACUGGCGGAAGCAGCGCUAGCUCUAGCCCAAGCGGCGGCUCCACUGGGAGCUUCUCGUUCCGCAAAGGUAGCUUCAGCAGUCAGCUUUCGGGCUCUGGUUCCAAGGACAGCGCAGCGAGAGAAGAAGCUUUUGAAGAAGCUCUCAACAAGCUCGAAGAUGUUCUUCCCGAUGCUGAUCGCACCACUCUGGCCAAGUACCUCAAGAAGUCCGGCGGUGAUGAUUUGAAAGCGAUCGGCGACUACUUGCAGGAUCAAGCGAGGGGCAAAUUGCCGCAGCCCACCAGGAGUCCCACGGGUAAUCUUGGCAGCGCUCGACGUUGAACGCGGACCUCUAGAGUCUCGAGCAGCGCCUGCAAGGGUUGCGCUGCAUCUUCGCAGAGUCGCACUUCGAUGUCACGGAUCCGCACAGUUUCUCGUUUCUCUUCAACCCUUCGGUUCGCUGAUUUGUUUUCGCUGGGUGCUAUGCACCCCGACUUGUGCUGACA